AUGUUCAAGCAGUACUCCCAGAUCCUGUCUCACAAGAGGAGGAAGAGCAAGGGAAGCGCGAUCCAAGUGCUCUCCGCUGCUCAGUCGGAGCCUGCCUCCGAGACCCCUACGGCCAAUGAGCCCGUCGAGACGUGGGUUCACUCGCAGCCGUUAGAUCUGGAUGGACAGCAGCAGAGCGAGUGUUUCACCACUCUGACGCCUCGCAUCCAUAAAUACGACCAUGUCGCACAGCGGGGAAGCGACCGGUUCAUCGAAGACCUGAACGCCGCGCUCGGUACCGACAGCGAAAAGCGCAAGGAGAGCUACCUGACCUCCGCCGUAGGAAACUACGCCAGCUUCCUGUACCCCGAGUGCGCGCCCGACAAACUCGAACUUAUCGCUUACUUGACCGAGUUGGCGAACUUCCAUGAUGACCAGGCCGAGAGCAAAGAGGAACAACCCGCAGGAGAAAAGACCGACGAACUGAGCGAGUCGCCUCGUACUGAGGUGCGGAAGAAGCUUCUCCAGAAGGUCAUGGGCGGUUUGACCGACAAGGACGGACAAGACAUCAUUGACUGCUACCGGAGUACUUGGCUGGUGACUCCCGAGGUCCCGACGGCGGACAACUGCGCCAACCUUGACGAUUACGUUGCUCGUCGCCGUCUGAAUGCCGCUAUUGACGUCUACUGGACCCUGAUGGGCUUUGCCCACGGCACGCGCCUCGGAAAAGAAGACCAGGCGAUCGUGCGAGACGCUUUGGAUGCAGCCGAGCGCACGAUGUUCUUCACGAACGACUUCUACAGCUGGCCCAAGGAGAAGCGCGACUACAAGACGAGACGCGUUGCCAAUGUGAACCUCUUCCUGAUGAAGCACGAGGGGCUGUCCGAAGAAGAUGCACGCGCUAAGACCAAGGAGCUCAUUCUGGAGAACGAGAAGGAGUUCCUUCGCAGACGCGAGACGCUGUAUCACAACAACCCGGAGCUCCCUGCCCACCUGAAGAAAUGGAUGGAGGUCCUGGGCGCCGCGCUGGGUGGCAUUCACUACUGGUGCAAGAACGCGCCGCGAUACGACGUUCCCGACGAGCCGUUUGAGGAGAGUGAGGAUGAGUCCGAGGACUCUGAGGAGGAUGGUUCCAGCGAUGAGGAGUCCAGCGACGAGAAUGACGAGGCGGACGAUGAGGACGAGGAGGCACACGAAGAGCCGGUUGCGGCAGAGUUACCUGCUGAACCCGAGGAGGAAUUCCCCCUGUGGACUCCGCUGGUCGCCGACGAAGAGGCUCUGGCCGUGAAUCUGGAUUCUUCGGCCCUUCUUGCACCCACUGGCUACCUUGGCUCCAUCACCUCGAACGAAGUCCAGUCGGAGCUUCUCACCGCGCUGAACGUCUGGCUGCAAGUCCCGAACCGACCCUUCAGCUUCAUCAAGCAGGUCGUCGACGACCUCCAUCACUCGACCCAGAUCCUCUCCGACAUCCACGACCAGGCGACCACCCACCACCAAAGAACCGCCGCUCACCACGUCUUCAGCCCCGCGCAGUGCAUGAACAGCGCGACUUACCUGUUCGUCCGCAUCGCCAAGGCUGUCAGCAGCCUGAAUGUCCCCGGCAUGCUCGGCGGACUUCUCGAGGAGCUCGAAUCGCACUUCGUCGGUCAAUCCUGGGACCUGAACUGGCGUGCUACUCUGGACUGCCCGACCGAGCAGGAAUACCUGGCCAUGGUCGACAAGAAGAGCGGCUCGCCCUUCCGCAUGCUGGUUCGCCUCAUGCAAUCCGCCAGCAUGGGUGGCGUGGCUCUUGACUUUGAGGGUCUCGCGCAGCUGUUCGGUCGCUGGCACCAGAUCCGCCAGGAAUACCUGGGUCUUCUGUCCGGUCGCAACCAGUCCAGCUUCGGCGAGGACUUGGACCAGGGCAAGAUCACCUAUCCGAUCGUCCGCUGCUGCAAUGUCGAUCCCAACGCGAAGACGGUCAUCCUCGGCAUCUUCAGACAGAAGCCUCAGGGCACGACCCUCUCGACGGAAAGCAAGUUGCAGAUCCUCGAGCUCCUCCAGAAGGCCGGUGCCGUCGAAGCCACCUACAACUUGGUCCAGCAGCUUGGACGCGACAUUGUCAAGAGUGUCGGUGAGCUAGAGGCCGUUGCCGAAGAGGCCAACCCGACCUUGAAGGCUCUGGUGAAGUCGCUGGGUGAGCUUCCUGCACCUGCUCAGAUCUAUGGAUCUGCGUGA